AUAAGUUGGUAAUAUUGAACUGAUCAGUCCGAGUUAAAAGCAAUUGUUGAUAGAGAUGUGUUGUUUUCAGCAUAAACUGUGAUGGACAUUAAUGUCUUUAUCGUAGAUCAUUCAAAUAUGAAUGCAGUGGUGAAAGUAUUUUGAGACAAAUCAAUAGUUAAAUAUUAUUAUACUUUGGGAUCAAAAGACGUAACAUCUGCAAAUAGACUGAAUAUUCAUAAAAUUUGCAACAGUGAUAACCUCUUAUUAUGACCAAAGGAUUAUAACCAAACAAAAAAAUGUAUUUAUAAAAAGUAGACAGUGGUAUUGAAUCAGUUUAGAAUUGUUCAGUGAAGAAAUCAACAAUAAACUGUUCAAUUUUAUUGUUUAUAAAUCUGCAGGAAUUCAAACAAUGUGGUGCUUUCAAAGUGUUCUGAUAUUCUCCACAUAGAAAAAAGCCACAUAUGUUAGAGAUGUGAAGUGGAGCUAUUCAAAGAGGACAAUAAUUUUAUUAGUGAUUAUUAAGUGGAUUUAAUAAGAUGGCUUACCAAUUUAGCUUUGGGAAUUUUACUUCAGAAUCUGAUAUGAAUGAGCACAUCCUGAAGGCUCUCAGCAGCCUACAAACCACGGAGGAGAAGCUUGCAGCCCUGUGCAAGAAGUAUGCAGACCUGCAUGAGGAGCACCGGGUGGUGCAGUCAUCCUUCAAGCAGACACAGAGGAAACUCACCGUGACAACGCGAGAGAAGGACCAGCUGCAGACUGAGCACACGAAGGCUGUCAUGGCGAAGAGCAAACUGGAGAACCUGUGCAGGGAGUUGCAGAAACACAACCAGACCAUCCGGCAAGAAAGUAUCCAAAGAGCAAAAGAAGAGGAUGAAAAGAGAAAAGAAAUUUCACAGAAAUUUCAGACUACUAUAGGUGAAAUCCAGACUCAGAUGGGAGAGAACCACGAGAGAAACAAGCAGCUACGAGAGGAGAACGCGGACCUUGCUGGCAAACUGAAGAAGUUCAUAGAGCAAUCUGAGGCCAGGGAACUGCAAGUAGCAAAGGUGAUACAGCACAGAGAGCUGGAGCAGAAGCUUGCGGAUGCCAAACUGGAGCAGGCCACAGCCAUACUACAGGAGGAGCAGGGCAGGUCUCAGAAGGAGAGGGAACUGUUGAUAUUGCAGUCAACAGAAUACUUUAAGAAACUUCAGCUUAAAGAUCAGGAGUUGAACAUGUACAAGGAGAGGUAUGAUGAGUUCCAGUCCACCAUCAAGAAAAGUGAAGAAAUGUUUGGAAAGUUUAAAACAGAAAUGGACAAGAUGGGCAAGCGUUGCAAGAAACUAGAGAAGGAUGGGGCUCAGUGGAAGACCAAAUGGGAAGGGGCAAACAGAGCUCUCCUAGAAAUGGCAGAGGAGAAAACAAAAUAUGACAGAGAGAGGGGCUUAUUGGUCACAAAAAUUACCAAGUUGGAGUCCCUAUGUAGGGCCAUGCAAGCAGAGAGACAGGCCAGAAAACUGCUGGAGAGUGAAAAAAUAUCUGUUACUCAAGAACUGGCAAACUUAGGUCUCACCAAAGAGACUCUCACCCAAAUGGCAGAAUCCAUGCAAACAAAUUCUGAAGUUGCCAAGGCAAACGGUUCUUCUCAGACGUCAGAGGUCAAAGGUCAGGAUUUGGAGGUCAACGAAGGUAAAGGGUCAGGGGACAGACCGUUGGAGGAGAGUGAUGGUUCAGUGGAAAAGGAAGACUCCGAUACUUCAUGUGCCUCAGAACAAACUGAUGUGACUGUCAUACAGCAGAAAGUGAGCCAUCCUGAUAUCAGCCAAUCAGAUGUGCAGAAACAUGAGGUCACAAGUACUGACCAAUUAGAAAAAGGCUUACAAGAAUCUACUGAUUCUGGCCAAUCAAAUGCAUCCUCAUGAUUGGUUUACUAAGUUUUUCAAUUGACAAUUUGGACUGCGCCUUUAUUUAUUAACAUGAACAAAAUAUCAUCAUCAGUUUUUGUUUCUUAAAAUACAUCUAUGCCAAUUAUUUGUGAAGAAAAUAAUUGAAUAGGUUUAAGACUUUUUUUAACUUCAUUUUCCCAUUUCAGUUAUAGCAACUUAGUACGGUUUGGUCAACAUUUAACAGUGUCUGUUACUUGUUAUUUGUGUGUGCUUAAAAUAAACAUGUACUUUGCAAGAUACUGCACAGCUUUAUAUGCUUAUGAAAUUAGCCCAUCAAGUAUAAACCACUUAAUUCAUGUAUGAAAAUGUCCUAUUUAUGAAUUGGGAUUGCCAAAAAAUGGCUCUUGAAUUUGCAAUGAAUCCAUAUCAAGUCUCAAGCCAAAUUAGCUUUCAGUGUUAGUUUUUUAUUAACCAUAUUGACAUUAGUUUCUAUUGGGUUAUGUAAAUAUUGAAAUGUGAUCAACACAAAGGUUUGAUGGUUGGUAUAUGGCAAAGUUUUAAAACGUUUUGUUUGCAAGCUUAUUUUGUUUUGUAAUUUUAGGUUAAAUGUUCUUAAAAUUAGCCCUAAAUGUUUCAUAAAUAAACACUUAGUGUUAAAGCUGAAAUUAAAUUUAUACUUUAGAUCGGUUGUGAAGACUUAGAUGAACGUUUCACCACUAUAGCAUCUGAACACCUUGCAAUAUAAUAUGCAGCUUAUCAGUAUUUACUGAAUCAGUAUAAAUCAUUUCUGGAUUCAUGCUUGAUUUGUACUUGAGUUUGCGUGGCACAUGUUCAUAGAUCUGUGUUUACCAAUAUCGCAUACAUGUAUUAAAUUGAAAUAUAAAGGUUUGUUUAUACUUA